AUGCCUUAUUACGGACCAGUGCAGCAGCCCGGUUUGUGGGGUCAACCGAUGAUCAAUCUUACCGUAGUGGAUAAGGUGCCACCGGAAAUUCUGCACCUGGUGGAUCCCCAUUGGCAUCAGUUUCCACCGAUGAACCCGUUGUGGCAUUCGAUCAUCGGUUUCGUCAUUUUUGUGCUCGGCGUGAUUUCGAUAAUCGGCAACGGAAUGGUGAUCUACAUUUUCUCUACCGCUAAAUCUCUGCGCACACCGUCGAACCUUUUCGUCGUCAAUCUAGCCCUGUCGGACUUUCUAAUGAUGGGCACGAACGCCUUUACCAUGGUGUACAACUGUUGGUUCGAGACAUGGUCCCUAGGGGUGCUCAUGUGUGAUCUGUACGCAUUCUUUGGAUCGUUCUUUGGGUGUUGUUCCAUCUGGACCAUGACGAUGAUCGCGCUGGAUCGGUACAACGUGAUUGUGAAGGGAUUGGCAGGCAAACCGCUUACUAACACGGGUGCAAUACUGCGAAUCCUGGUGUGCUGGUUGAUUGGUGUGUUUUGGGGAAUUCUUCCCAUAUUCGGUUGGAAUCGUUACGUUCCUGAAGGAAACAUGACCGCCUGCGGAACGGACUAUCUCACUGAUGAUUGGUUCCACAAAUCGUACAUACUGGUCUACUCUGUGUUCGUCUAUUACAUUCCUCUAUUUACCAUCAUAUAUGCCUACACUUACAUUCUGAAGGCUGUAUCUGCUCACGAGAAAAAUAUGCGGGAACAAGCCAAGCGCAUGAACAUACAGUCACUGCGGUCUUCGGAUGAUGGUAAAAGCACCGAGAUGAAACUGGCCAAGGUUGCGCUUGUGACCAUUUCCUUGUGGUUCAUGGCUUGGACUCCAUACACUGUCAUUAACUACACAGGCGUUUUCAAAACAGCCAAUAUAUCACCUCUAGCUACCAUUUGGGGAUCGGUUUUUGCAAAAGCUAAUGCGGUCUAUAACCCGAUCGUAUACGGCAUUAGCCAUCCGAGAUACCGUGCCGCACUUAUGCGUAGAUUCCCAUCUCUAGCUUGCAACGAUGGUCCUACAACAGAUGAUAAAUCAGUCGCUUCAGAAGCAUCCGCAAGUAGAGAGCGCGCAUCAGCGGAGCAGUAA